AUGGAUUUAAUAAACUCAACUGAACAAAAUGGUACAUCAGAAGAACUAUUCAAAUGGGUGACAUCCAAGAUUCUCAUUUCCAUUACCCUGUCUGUGCUUGCACUAAUGACAACGGCCAUCAACUCUCUCGUGAUGACUGCAAUAAUUGUGACAAGAAAGCUCCACCACCCCGCCAACUAUCUAAUCUGCUCUCUUGCAGUGACUGAUUUCCUUGUGGCAGUCCUAGUGAUGCCCUUCAGCAUUGCCUACAUUGUAAAGGAGACCUGGAUGAUGGGGCAAGUGGUGUGUGACAUUUGGCUGAGCGUGGACAUUACGUGCUGCACGUGUUCCAUCUUGCAUCUCUCUGCCAUUGCUUUGGACCGGUAUAGAGCAAUCACAGAUGCUGUGGAAUAUGCAAGGAAAAGGACACCUAAGCAUGCUGGCAUCAUGAUUGCAGUGGUAUGGAUCAUAUCCAUUUUUAUCUCCAUGCCACCUUUAUUUUGGCGGCACCAGACGACCAGCAGGGAUGACGAAUGCAUCAUCAAACACGACCACAUUGUUUUCACCAUUUACUCUACAUUUGGCGCCUUCUAUAUUCCUCUGGCCUUGAUUCUGAUCCUUUAUUACAAGAUAUACAAGGCAGCAAAGACAUUUCACAGAAGAAGUGUCAGCCGGAUCGUAAGGGAGGAGGCAAAUGGACAAGUCCUUUUGGAUGCAGGUGAAAGAAGCACCAAAUCGGCUUCAAUGCCCAGCACAGCAGAGAAGACAUCAGAUCCCCUGGUGAACUGCAAUAAAAGCAAUAUCACCCUACGAAGCCCUAGGUCUGAAUCUAAGCACGAGAAGUCCUGGAAAAAACAGAGAAUCUCUAGCACAAGAGAACGAAAGGCAGCAACUACGCUGGGUCUGAUCUUGGGGGCAUUUGUGAUCUGCUGGCUCCCUUUUUUUGUAAAAGAAGUAGUUGUUAAUACCUGUGAAAGGUGUCACAUCUCAGAAGACAUGUCUAAUUUCCUAGCAUGGCUGGGAUAUAUAAACUCCCUUAUUAACCCUCUAAUCUACACAAUCUUUAAUGAAGAUUUCAAGAAAGCCUUCCAGAAGCUUGUGCAGUGUAGGCAAUAUCUUUAA